CUCCUUUGCGGAAGUGGUGCCUUCACUCCCCCAGAGUGGAAGGAGGAGAGAGAGAGGCCCGCGGGGUCGUCGGCACCUUUCCUCAGCGGCGUCUCAAACCCGUGGAGGAUGGCAGGGCGGCUCCCGGCCUGCGUGGUGGACUGUGGCACCGGGUAUACCAAACUGGGAUAUGCUGGUAAUACAGAGCCACAGUUCAUCAUUCCUUCAUGUAUUGCCAUUAAGGAAUCGGCCAAAGUUGUCGAUCAGGCACAAAGAAGGGUUAUGAAAGGUGUGGAUGACUUAGACUUCUUUAUCGGGGAUGAAGCAAUAGAAAAGCCUACAUAUGCAACAAAGUGGCCCAUUCGCCAUGGCAUAGUUGAAGAUUGGGACUUGAUGGAGAGAUUUAUGGAACAAGUUAUCUUUAAAUAUUUAAGGGCAGAACCUGAAGACCAUUAUUUUCUUUUGACUGAACCUCCUCUAAAUACUCCAGAAAACAGGGAAUAUACUGCUGAAAUCAUGUUUGAAUCCUUCAAUGUUCCUGGGCUUUACAUUGCUGUUCAGGCUGUCCUUGCUUUAGCUGCAUCUUGGACAUCAAGACAAGUAGGAGAACGGACACUGACUGGAACGGUUAUAGAUAGCGGGGAUGGUGUCACUCAUGUCAUUCCUGUGGCUGAAGGUUAUGUAAUUGGUAGCUGUAUCAAACAUAUUCCAAUAGCCGGACGAGAUAUAACUUACUUUAUUCAGCAGCUGCUAAGAGAACGAGAAGUAGGAAUCCCUCCAGAGCAAUCAUUGGAAACUGCUAAAGCAGUCAAGGAACGUUUUAGUUAUGUCUGUCCAGACUUAGUGAAAGAAUUUAAUAAAUAUGAUGUAGAUGGUACCAAGUGGAUUAAGCAAUAUACUGGAAUCAAUGCUAUCUCAAAGAAAGAAUUUACCAUUGAUGUUGGCUAUGAAAGAUUCUUAGGGCCAGAAAUCUUCUUUCAUCCCGAGUUUGCUAAUCCAGACUUCACACAGCCCAUCUCAGAAGUAGUAGAUGAAGUUAUUCAGAACUGUCCUAUUGAUGUUAGACGUCCACUGUAUAAGAAUAUUGUCCUUUCUGGAGGCUCAACAAUGUUCAGGGAUUUUGGACGGCGUUUGCAGAGGGACUUGAAAAGGACUGUGGAUGCUAGACUGAAACUCAGUGAAGAACUGAGUGGUGGCAGACUGAAGCCAAAACCUAUUGAUGUACAAGUUAUUACUCAUCAUAUGCAAAGAUAUGCUGUUUGGUUUGGAGGAUCAAUGCUGGCUUCCACACCUGAGUUCUACCAAGUAUGCCACACCAAAAAAGAUUAUGAAGAAAUUGGUCCUAGCAUCUGUCGUCACAACCCAGUUUUUGGAGUUAUGUCUUAAAUCUGACAUUUAAUGAAUUGAGUUUAGCGAGGCAAGGAAAUGGUCUUUCUCAGUGCUUGUUUGUCUGGAUGGUCGGUAUUAAGAUAAGAAACAUGACUUGAAAAUAAGAAAAAAAAGACCAAACACAAUUAAACAGGAAUAUUUUAAUAACUGUCUCAACAUGCUGAUAUAGUGGGAAGCCAAAACAAUUCAAAGUGUUUUUUUUUCUUUUGACUGAAUAUUUGAAGCUGUGCAUAAACAAAACUAAAGAAGUUGGUCUUUGUUCUUUUUGUGCCCUAAUAUUUUGUAUAUUAAUGGAAUAUCCAAGAUUUGAUGGGAUUUGAUGGUAUGUAGAUAGUCAGCUCUAUAAUUCUUCUAUUGUACUCUUAAUUGUGUACAAUGCAAGAGCCUGUUUAUAUUUCCUACUUUUUUAUACAUUGAGAAAAAAAUAUCAGUGAUUGAAAGUAAUGUUAAUAUUUGACAAGAAAAAAUACCAGUGACCAAUUGGAGGGAAAUGUGAAAAUUAACAAUGCCCACAUGGAGUUUCAUCAUGUAAAUCUCUAGUAAUGUCAAAAUAUGACCAAUCUUCCACUUGCAUUCCAUACAUAAUGCAACUUGGCAAAUGCUUUUGGACCUGAGGGACUAGAAUCUUGGAUUAAAUGAUGCCUGCUAGUGCUUUCUGAUUAUUUGGUGCAUUUUCAUUCUAUUUCUUGCUUGGGGAAGGGGCGGGAAAGUAAAGACAAGACUGUUGGACAAGUAUUGCAGUUCUGUAGUGUCAUUUCUAAUUGCAACCAAAUAUUCCGAUUACGAAAAUGGGUGUAUUCCACCAUUCAAAUAAAGACACAACUUUCUUUUUUAAUAUUCAUGUGAGGCCUUUCAAUUUCGUUGAUUAAUCAUUUGUGAAGGUCCUUCUAAUCUGCAAUCACAGUUUCUCACUCCCUAAUUUGGAAAAGAUGAGAGGGAUACAUGUAUGCAAGUGGUGUGUUAUCUAUUUAAUAGCAUAAUGCAGUUUUAGAAGCGUAAUUCUAAUUAAAUAUAUGUUUUCCAUGAGAUUUUGGUAAAUAAAGCUGUUGCAUUCCUGGCGUCUUGUGUCACAAAUUUGAUAACUAACUCAAGAGAAUCAAGUAUAAGAACUUUAUUGAUGGUAUGUUUAAUCAGAAGCAGACUUGGUGGGGCUGAGUAUCAAGUAUGUAGAGUAUGUAAAAAUGGAAGAAUUGCUGCGUUUAACUGAAUGUCACGACAAAGCUCUCCUUGACUGAAAGCCUUGAACAAAGAAAGUUUCUGAUCAUUCAGAAUUAUUAUAAAUUUCCAUCUUAAACUUUUGGGAAAGUGCGGGGUGGUCAUAACUGGAGACUGGCAUUUAAAACGCAUCUUGCAUGUGAUCCAUCUUUACAAAUGUUGAAUGUCUGAACAAUAUUAUAAUCAAGUAUGAUGCCUGAAUCUAGAAUUAUGUUAGAUAUGCUCACACAAUGCAGGAUAAUAAGCUUGCUAUGAACUAGGGUUUAUUAAGGGCUUACAAAUCCAUCUCAAUCUAAUUUUUUAAAAAUAGUUUUUAUUGAAGUUUAAAAAUGCAGGGAUAAAUAAAACUAAUGCAAAGAAAGAAAAGUACAAAAAAAGCCAAAAAAGUGCAUAGAGAAAAAUAUCAGGAGAGGGAAGGAAGAAAAAAAAAUCCAAAUUUGGAUGUCCCAUGAAACUAUCCCCAUAGUGGUUGGUUUACCUGCUGAUGUGAAAAAAAGAGUAAAGCAGAAAUUGGAAGCUGCAUAUAAAUUACUUCAUUCCCAAGUCAAGAUUCCUUAUGUCUUACUGUAACAUUUGUCUCAUAAAGAAUAGGUAUUUCUUCAUCACAGACUGAAUUAUACGUAGCCUAAAGCGAAGAAUCAUAUAUGAUACCAUGAUGUAUUUUGUGGAUUUCCUUGUGGAACCUAGGAUUAGCAAAUUGCCAUAGAUUUUUGCCGGAAGAUACCUUUUGAUAGCUAACUCUGAUUAUCAAAUAAACUCACCAGAAAGAAGUUGUUCUGCUUCUGUGUAUUUAAGAUUCAAUUAUAUAUUUUUUUCAGUGAGUUUAGUUUAAAAAUUAAGGAUAUUUAUAUAAAAUCUUGAUUUUAAGGCCAGUUAUGGGGAAGGGAUGUCCAUUAAAUGUAUGUUUACAUAAGUGAUGUGUGUAUGCGUGUGUGUGUAUGCGUGUGUGUGUGUGUGUGUAAGUGGUAUGAUUAUGGAAGUGAUAUAAUUACAUAAUUGCAUAAUUAUUCAGAUGAAGUAAAUUGCACCAGUUACAUAAUUAUGGAACUUGACAUAAAUAAUGUUGCUUUUCUGAACUGCUUACAAUGGACAUUGGGGGGCUAAGAUAUGACUUGACUUUAUAUCUGAAGUUGGCUGAACAGGGAUUCAUAAAACCUUACAUCAAACUGAAUAAUGAUUUACUUAACAUUUGGAGAAACAAUACUUUUACUUCAGGAGCUGCUAGCUCUUGAUUCUGAAAAAGUUAAUGGUGUUACACAUCAAUCCUAUAGAGAUUUGCACAGAAGUGCUCUAUGUUACACAGUAAUUUAGUAGGACUCACGUGGAAUUCUUUGUGGUCAAGUUUGCACUCUGGGUCUUCAAGUAAAUAGUCUUGUUUAUUUUUGCAUUGUAGAGAUGAUGCUAAAACCUGUUCUUCAUCUCCAGUUCUUCAAACCUUGUGUUAUAAUCUUGGUUUGUAAAACAAUUCUUUUUAGUUGCCAGCUGAUACAAUUGGUUGGUAGCAACCUGUGUUUAUAGCAAUUAAAAUUAUUUAAAUGCUUACUACAGAAUCAAAUAAGUUAUUUUAUCUUGAUAACUUCUAUCAUUCCAUCCUGUGUGUGUUAAUAAGUAAAAAUUAAUGGCAAGAAUUUACUUACUCUAAGUAACUUGUAAAGGAACUGGAUAAUUACUUGUCUUUUGUAGCAACUGGAAUGCAUUAAAUUAAUUUUUUUUAAAAAAUCAAAACUUUAAUGAACUAUUACUUAUAAAUGAAAGCCUCUGUUCAGUACCUUAAUAAACUCAUUGUAAGGAAAAUGUAUGGAUUUUCUAUUUAAAAUGAAAUUUGUUGAAUUAUAUGAAAAUCCUGUGUAAUAAUAAUAAAGAAAUGGCAUUACCAGAAAAUUGUGAAAGACAAUUUUGAAAAUAACACAUUGCAUGUAACUGCUAAAUAUUAGAUAACAUAUAUAAUGUGUACUGUUCUAAUCUUUAAUAAAAGCUUUUGCUGUCUUUAGAAAGCUGACAGCAGAGAAAAUUCUGCACAAAAUA